CACAAUCUCUCUGUCGUGUGCAAUAUGGCUUCUCUCUCCAAAACCCAAAGCUCCAAAACCAAGUUCAUAGAAGCAUCAGUGGCCAUAGCCGAUGCAGCUUCAUGGUACUGUGCUAUUGUUUUGUUAGCUCUCAUCUUGUUAGGCUCCAUCAAAGAUGAUCAUCCUUCUCCAAAUGAAUCUUCAGCUCUGCAUGUGAGAGGAGGAAACCAGUUCUGGGAUCGGCCUUGCGACGAAAUUUAUGUCGUCGGAGAAGGCGAAACCCUCCAUACCAUCAGCGACAAGUGCGGCGACCCGUUUAUCGUCGAGGAGAACCCGCAUAUCCAUGACCCGGAUGAUGUUUUCCCUGGACUUGUCAUCAAGAUCACUCCUUCAAAGUCUGUCAUGAACUUUUCAAGGUAGUUGAAGAGGAAAAAAGUACAUCUUAUACCAAAAAAAAUAUAUGUAUACUUUUUUGUUUUGUUUUUGUAAUUAGAAGGAAAGGAGAUGAACAUUAUAUAUACAUCUUUUUUUUUUUAAUUUUUUAUUUUAUAUAUAUUUUUUUGUAAUAUUCAGAGGAGAUGAACAUGAUGGUGUUUAUUUUUAAUAAGUUCAUGAAUUAUUAAAGAGUUAAUUAAGACUUGUUUGAUUUGUAGUUAUGUUAUGAACUCGAGUUUGAAAAAGGGUAACCGUUUUAACCUAGUAGUGUGUGAAAAACAAUAAAUAUAUAAAUAAAAUAAGUACUUUUGUGUAUUAGUACUUGUUUUGGUACUCCUUUUCUCUAUGUACAAAUAUAUGUGGAUUUCUUUUUUAACA